UAUUACAUAUGAACUUGCCUUUUUUACCUUAAGGCUAAGGCAUGCGGAAUUUUAAAAUCAAUAUGUCAGCUUCUACAUCAAUUAUGAAUAUGUACAUUUCCGGAAAACUAUUUAGAGUAGGAAACAAGUCAAAAACUUCUAAAAACUAGAAACAGAUUUUUUCCCACCAGAAAGGACAAGCGAGGAGGAGGCAGGAUGGGGGAGAGAAAUUGAUUACCGAAAAGAUAUUAACGCCGCAUGUAGAUUUGGGUCUUUGGGCCCUUGGUCUUUUUGGGUUAUAGUUGGGCAGUGCGUCUGUGGCGGGAGCCUCAGCCCUCGUGGUGAAGCUUCCGCUCUCUUCAGGAAUGCUGCACUUUCGCGCCAAACGGCAACUUUGAGUUUGAGACUCUGAGUUCAUUUUCUAUUUUUGGUAAAUUAUGAGGAAGCCAUACAUGAGGACAAUUGCUACUCUGAGAGCUCCGCGACAUCCGAAACCACUCAUUCAGCCUGAAAACGUUGCGGAUGCUUUUUCCGUCAAGACUGGCUUCAAUCCCGACACGUGCCGUGUGAAUUUCCAGGUCAAGAAGUCCAUACAACAAGAUUUAGGAUUAGCCCAUAAGUUGUUUGAUCAAAUGCCUCAACAGAAUACCAUAUCCAAAAAUAUGAUGAUCACGGGGUACAUAAAGGCAGGCAAUCUUUCUAGUGCCAGGCAGCUGUUUGAUUCAAUGACUGAACGUACGGCCGUUACCUGGACCAUCAUGAUCGGAGCAUAUUCUCAGAAAAAUCAAGGUCGCGAAGCUUUUAGUCUUUUUGCUGAGAUGUGUCGGUGGGGUACACACCCAGAUUAUAUCACCUUUGCCACUCUCCUGUCCGGAUUCAGUGAGUCUGACUCCGUAUGCCAAGUAAACCAAGUUCAUGCCCAUAUUGUCAAAUUGGGGUAUGAUUCAACCCUAAUGGUUUGCAACUCCUUGCUCGAUUCUUACUGUAAAACCCGUAGUCUUAGUUUAGCUUGUCACCUGUUCAGCCAUAUGCCUGAUAAAGAUUCUGUCUCUUUCAAUGCAUUAUUGACAGGACUCUCAAAAGAUGGAAUGAAUCAAGAAGCAAUAAGUCUCUUUUUUGAAAUGCAGAAGUUGGGUUUUAGUCCUACAGAUUUUACUUUUGCUGCUAUUUUAUGCACCGGUGUAGCAUUGGAUCAUAUAGUAUUUGGGCAGCAAGUUCAUGGCUUUGUAGUGAAGACGAGUUUUGUCUGGAAUGUGUUUGUGGCUAAUGCAUUACUUGAUUUCUACUCGAAGCAUGACUGUGUUGCUGAAGUAAAGAAGCUUUUCGAUGAGAUGCCAGAACUGGAUGGUGUCUCCUACAACGUCCUAAUUACAUGUUAUUCUUGGAAUGGCCAACUCAGAGAAUCUCUUGAUCUUUUCCGGGAAUUGCAGUAUACUAAAUUUGACCGGAGGCAAUUCCCAUUUUCAACCAUAUUAAGCAUAGCUGCAAAUAAUCUAAACCUGGAAUUGGGCAGGCAAAUUCAUUCCCAAGCUAUUGUGACAACUGCGGAUUCUGAAAUUAAGGUUGGAAAUGCCUUGGUUGACAUGUAUGCCAAGUGUGGCAAAUUUGACGAAGCAAAUAGGACUUUUGCAAGUCUGGCUCACCAAAGUUCCGUUCCUUGGACAGCCUUGAUCUCAGCAUAUGUCCAGAAGGGGCUCCACGAAGAAGGCCUGACUCUAUUCUUUGAGAUGCAGAAGUCCAAAAUAAGCGCUGAUUCAGCCACUUAUGCUAGCAUCUUAAGAGCCUGUGCAAACUUAGCCUCAAUUUCAUUGGGAAAACAGUUACACUCAUACAUAGUCAGAUCCGGAUACAUUUCAAAUGUAUUCUCCGGAAGUGCACUCCUUGAUAUGUAUGCAAAAUGUGGAUCCAUGAAAGAUGCACUUCAAAUGUUUCAAGAGAUGCCUGUAAGGAAUUCCGUCUCUUGGAAUGCACUGAUUUCAGCUUAUGCACAAAAUGGAGACGGUGACCUUACUCUUAGGUCAUUUGAACAAAUGAUCCAUUCGGGUUUGCAACCAGAUUCAGUUAGCUUCCUUACUGUUCUGUGUGCCUGCAGUCACUGUGGUCUGGUUGAAGAAGGAUUAAAGCAUUUCGACUCCAUGACUCAAACUUAUAAACUUGUUCCAAAAAGAGAACAUUAUGCUUCAAUGGUUGACAUGCUUUGUAGGAGCGGAAGGUUUAACCAAGCUGAGAGACUGAUCGCUCAGAUGCCUUUUGAACCUGAUGAAAUAAUGUGGUCAUCAAUUCUUAACGCAUGUAGAAUUCAUAAGAAUCAAGAGCUAGCAAAGAAAGCAGCAGACAAGCUAUUUAAUAUGAAAAUGCUUAGGAAUGCUGCUCCAUAUAUCAGCAUGUCCAAUAUUUAUGCAGAAGCUGGUGAAUGGGACAGCGUAAGCAAGGUGAAGAAGGCUAUGAGAGAGCGAGGAGUUAGAAAACUCCCAGCUUACAGUUGGGUAGAAGUUAAGCACAAAAUUCAUGUUUUCUCAGCCGGUGACGAGACUCACCCACAAGCGAAAGAGAUUAUGAAGAAGAUUGAUGAGCUGGCUGAGCAGAUGGAGAAAGCAGGGUACAAACCCGACCCAAGUUGUACCCUUCACGAUGUCGAUGAGGGACUCAAGAUAGAGUCUCUUAAAUAUCACAGUGAACGUCUUGCCAUUGCGUUUGCGCUAAUUAGCACACCAGAAGGGACACCUAUCCUGGUGAUGAAGAACCUCCGAGCUUGUACUGACUGCCAUGCUGCCAUCAAGGUGAUCUCCAAAAUAUCUCGAAGGGAAAUCACAGUUAGGGACUCGAGCAGGUUCCAUCAUUUCAGAAAUGGAUUUUGCUCUUGUGGGGAUUACUGGUAGUCUUCGUUUUGUCGAAAAAAAUCCCUGACGAUUUCUCUUGUGAGAGCAAAAUGCUUUUUUUCUCAAGGAAAAAAAAAUAGUCAUACCAA